GGCCCGAGGCCGACCGGCGCCGCGCUCGCCCCCCGCUCCGCCCGCCGCGCCGCGCCCGCUCCGUCCCCCCGCGGCCCCGCGGCGCGGGCCCCGCCGCCGCAGCAGCGCAGCCGCUCUGAGUGCCUCUGGAUGGAAGAGCACGGCGUGGCGCAGGCGGAGCACAUGGCCACCAUCGAGGCGCACGCCGUGGCCCAGCAGGUGCAGCAGGUGCACGUGGCCACCUACACGGAGCACGGCAUGCUGAGCGCCGACGAGGACUCGCCCUCCUCGCCCGAGGACACGUCCUACGACGACUCCGACAUCCUCAACUCCACGGCCGCCGACGAGGUCACGGCUCACCUGGCGGCCGCGGGCCCUGUCGGGAUGGCAGCAGCUGCUGCCGUGGCAACGGGGAAGAAACGGAAGCGACCACACGUCUUUGAAUCCAACCCUUCCAUCAGGAAGAGGCAGCAGACACGUUUGCUCAGGAAGCUCCGAGCCACGCUGGAUGAGUACACCACCCGGGUGGGGCAGCAGGCCAUCGUGCUCUGCAUCUCACCCUCCAAACCCAACCCUGUCUUCAAAGUGUUCGGGGCCGCGCCCUUGGAGAACGUGGUCCGCAAGUACAAGAGCACCAUCCUGGAGGACCUGGAGUCGGCGCUGGCGGAACACGCGCCCGCGCCUCAGGAGGUCAACUCAGAGCUGCCCCCCCUGACCAUCGACGGCAUCCCCGUGUCCGUGGACAAGAUGACCCAGGCACAGCUGAGAGCCUUCAUCCCUGAGAUGCUGAAGUAUUCCACGGGCCGUGGGAAGCCAGGCUGGGGCAAGGAGAGCUGCAAACCCAUCUGGUGGCCCGAGGACAUCCCCUGGGCCAACGUCCGCAGCGACGUCCGCACGGAGGAGCAGAAGCAGCGGGUGUCCUGGACCCAGGCCCUGAGGACCAUCGUGAAGAACUGCUACAAGCAGCACGGGCGCGAGGACCUGCUCUACGCCUUCGAGGACCAGCAGACCCCGCAGACCACGACCACGCACAGCAUCGCCCACCUGGUGCCCUCCCAGACCGUGGUACAGACCUUCAGCAACCCCGAUGGCACCGUGUCCCUCAUCCAGGUUGGCACCGGCGCCACGGUGGCCACGCUGGCCGACGCCUCCGAGCUGCCCACCACGGUCACCGUGGCACAAGUGAACUACUCCGCGGUGGCCGACGGAGAGGUGGAGCAGAACUGGGCGACGCUACAGGGGGGUGAGAUGACCAUCCAGACGACGCAGGCGUCGGAGGCCACGCAGGCGGUGGCAUCGCUGGCAGAGGCGGCCGUGGCAGCGUCCCAGGAGAUGCAGCAGGGAGCCACUGUCACCAUGGCACUCAACAGUGAAGCUGCUGCCCACGCCGUGGCCACGCUGGCCGAAGCCACUCUCCAAGGGGGGGGACAGAUCGUCCUGUCUGGGGAAACGGCGGCGGCGGUGGGAGCCCUCACCGGCGUGCAGGAUGCCAAUGGGAAGGUGGAGCCAAAUGAGUCGCUAGCAGCUUGGCAAAGUGCAGAUCAGCUUGCUUGCGCCGAGGAGGACAGGAAGGAAAGAGUCAAGCUUGUUGUAGGGCCUUCCUGGUGGGAACAGAAUUUUUUAAUGAAGGUUUACCCUGAAACAGGCAUCCUAACAGCAGACUGUUCAGGUUGCAAGUGGAGCCUGGCAGAGUGUCCCUCAGGUGAGUGGAUUUUCGUGGUGGCAGUUUGGAAUGUUGGGGUUCAGCUGGUGGUGAGCACUUGUCACCCUCAGGUUCCUCACCCUGUGGUGCUUCUUGGGGUUAAAGGGGCUUUAUCUACCUCAUAUAUAUAUUUUUAUAUAUAUUUUUGCUGUGCCUGGGCAGUGUUUGGGGUGGGAACCCAACAGCCCUGGAGCAGAAUCCCAGAGGAUGCAGUGGGAUGUCCUGGGAGGGUCACAGCACAGGAGGGGGAGGUGGAUCCCAGAGCUCGUGUCUGUCAUUCCCUGACCUUCUGCCACCUGAAGGCCACCAGCUUUUGGACCCCAGACACACCUUUUGUCCUCUGACAUCCCUCUCUUAUUCCCUUUCCACGCUUUUUGUGAUCUCCAGGGGUGCCCAGAGUGUUGUUCCUGCAGGAGCUCUGCCUGCUUCACUAAAAUAUGGGAUAUUUCAGUGCUUAAUAACAAUCAAGCAAUGACAAUUAAACAUCAAUUAAUUCCAGUAACAGAGCAAUUAAUUACAGUUACAAAAAGCAAUAACAAUUUAACAACUAUUAAAUUAAUUCUUUAUUUUCAAAUGGGCUUCUGUCACCCAAGUGAUACAACACUCGGGCAGUCCCUGCCCUCCUGCCCCCCCUUUAAUUAAACCACGUAGGAAAUACAACAAAUGUUUUAAAAAGUGGGAUUAGAAUCAGCCUCAACAGGUGAUUUUUUCCCCUGGAAAAUGGGGAUGCAAAAGCACGACAGGGAAGUCAGGAUUUAUGGAAAAGCAGGAUUUAUGGAAAAGCACGGGAUUUAUGGAAAAGGGAUCCUUGUUAGGUGGUUGUUCAGAAUCCCAGUCAGGUUUAACACUCGGUUUUUGACAAGAGGAGCAAACUUAAUUUAUUCUCAGGUGCUCCCUAUCCCUAAUUCCCGAGGAGCUGAGCGUGGACAACUCCCUGUCUGCUCCUGUAGUGGUUUGAGAGCCCCAAAAUCCAAUUCCCAGGUCCAAGCCCCCCUCCCACACCUCAGCCCAGCGUGAGAUGGGUUUUCCAGGCACAAACACAAGACUCAAUAUGGGGGAAAAGGGAAUUAUAUUACAAACACUGUACAAAUAAAUAUUAUAAUGCAUCAUAUACAAUCUUAACUGUCUCUACCUUGAUAAAUCAGUAUUUGUAAUGGAAUGGAUCAAUCUCUUCUCCCUCCAAUAAAAAGUCCAGAAGGGAAAAGGAAAGAUCCUUUCCACUCUCACACUGGGCUGAGAUGUGGGAGGGGGGCUUGGACUCGGGAAUUGGAUUUUGGGGCUCUCAAACCAUUACAGCUCCAUAAGUUUUCCUGCCAGGGAACAGGUUGUGAGGGAAGCAGAGCCCGAGCAGAGCAGAGCCUGGGGGGGUUAUUUUUAUUUUUCUUUAUUUUUAUCCGCGUUUCCUGCGUGGAGGCUGGACCAGGAUGGGCCCUCAAUAAUCCUCUCAGGUGUGCCCUGUGCUCCUGAGCAAAGCCAGCUCAUCAUGGGGGCUUAGGGGGGUUAUCCACUAAGCUCCCAGCCCUGGAGCCCAGGGACAAGCUCCCUCUGCACAGGUAGACACGCUCCUGGGGCAUUUCAGAGAAUCCCAGAAUCAGCUGGGUUGGAAGGGACCUCUGAGAUCAUCCAGCCCAACCCUUGAUCCAACCCCGCCGUGGUUCCCAGCCCAUGGCACUGAUGCCACAUCCAGUCUGUCCUUAAACACCUCCAGGGAUGGAGAAUCCCCCACUUCCCUGGGCAGCCCAUUCCAAUGGCUGAGCACCCUCUCUGCAAAGAAAUUCUUCCUGAUAUCCAACCUAAACCUCCCCUGGCACAGCUGAAGACCGAGCCCUCUUGUCUUGCUGAUGGUUGCCUGGGAAAAGAGCCCAACCCCCCCCCGGCUCUCCCCUCCUGGCAGGGAGUUGCAGAGAGUGAGGAGGUCUCCCCUGAGCCUCCUCCUCUCCAGGCUGAGCCCCCCCAGCUCCCUCAGCCUCUCCUCCCAGCACUUGGGCUCCAGUCCCUUCCCCAGCCUCGCUGCUCUUCUCUGCCCCUGCUCCAGCCCCUCCAGGGCCUUCCUGAGCUCAGGGCCCAGAGCUGGACACAGCACUCCAGGGGUGGCCUCCCCAGCGCCCAGCCCAGGGGCACAAGCCCUGCCCUGCUCCUGCUGCCACACUCUUCCUCAGCCAGCCCAGCAGCCAUUGGCCCUCUUGCCCCCCUGGCCACACUCGGGCUCCUCUUCAGCUCCCUGCCCAGCCCAACUCCCAGCUCCCUUCCUGCCUGGCUGCUCUCCAGCCCCUCUGGCCCAGCCUGCAGCUGCAGGGGGUUGUUGUUUGUCACCUCCUGAGCUGAGGGUGACACUCCCUGGGCACCCAGCACUGGUGAGGGGGGUCUGGGUGAAGGCUGAGCUUGAGCAAACUCAGCUUUACUCUUCCAGGGUCUCUGACCAAGCUCAGAAUUCCCCCCAGGAAGGGCAGAGGGAGGGCCAGGGAUCCGUAGGCAGCUCAUGGGAGCUCACCCACCUUUGGGAUCCCAGGGUGCUGCUCCACCUCCCUUCCCACACACCUCUUUCCCAGGAGUUUUCCAGCUGCAUCUAAAUGAGGAUGAAAUGGAAAACUUGGGAUUUUAGAUCAGUCGUUCCCAGUGUUUGAAAUAACCCCGAGUUUUUCCUCCUGGGACCGUCCUGGGAGAGAUCUGGAAUGUCAGGGAAGGGCUGCAAAGUCCCUAAAUACAAAAAAACCCCCUCCUGGAAAUCAGGAAUUCCAGCCCCAUGUAACUUAAAAAGAACUCAAAAAAACCCCAAACCCCUAAAUAGAAAAAAACCCUCCUCCUGGAAAUUCUGAAUCCUAUGCCCAUGGUUUAGUCUCAAAGUGCUGCAACUUAAAAAGAACUAAAAAAAAAAAAAAAUA